AUGGUGUCUCCCGGCGCGCAAUUUACUAUUGGCUGGUACCCGAUGUCGGAGUCUUCGAGCGUGAUUACCAACCCCGACCUGUGGUUCGAAGACGGAGAUGUCGUGCUCGUUGCGGGCGAUACGCACUACAAGCUCUAUGCCAACCUCCUCGCACGCCACUCUACGCGCUUUCGCACGAUGUUCAUGGAAACCAAACUCGAAGCAGGCGAUUCUUAUGAGAACUUCGAUGGGUGCCCCAUGUACACUCUCCCGCAUGAGCCGGAAGAAGUGACGCUCAUGUUACGCAGGAUGAUGGGGUUCGAUCGAGGCGACUCACUUCUAGACGAUAUACGUACCCUCGAGACUCUACUCGAGAUGGGAACACACUACGAAGUCACAACUCUACGCGAGGAAGCCCUGAUGUGGAUCCAGAAACUAUACCCGCCCUCCUUAUUUGCCUUCGAUCAAUCUAUACAUGCGCGACCGGCACUUAUGUCACUCUUUGCGCCCAACGUGGAGAGUCCGCUGGACGUGGACUACCAUCUGGCGCGUCUGGCGUUCCGAUAUCGCCUACGCGAAGUGCUGCCGCUCGCGCUAUACAACCUUGCGGCCGCAGAGCCUAUCUCAUUUCUGGAGACGUCAGAUAGGUGCCAAACGGGAGCCAAGAGCGGUGUAUAUGAUAUGCAGAUCGUGCAAGCUUGCUAUGCUGCACGGCCGUGCUUGGUCUACCGAAGACAUACGGACACGUUCUCGUUCCUCAAUGGUGACCCCGGGCCGACCUCGUCUUGCCCGCAGCCGGGAAGAUGUAUCGAAGCGGUACAUGCAAUGCGGGAAGCUAUUCUGAGGUCGGAGGAAGACUUUCAGCACCGAAUAUGCGCCGAUGCGCUCGAGGACCUCACACCAUUGAUUGAGGAGUACCUGAGGCCGACAGGAUGUGGGGCAUGUCUAGAAGCGGUGAAAGGAGAGCAUACACGAGCACGAGAAGGGAUAUUUGCGGAGCUUGGGACGUCAUCUUUCUUCGAUGUAGAUUAUUAUUUCCAAUAG